ACGAAGAACCAGAUGAUUAUUGAUACCACGUUCUUUUGAGCACCUCUGAUUCCUCUCUGGGUUUUCAUUUUUGUUUUGAUUCUGUUCGAGUUUCGAAUCAAAGAGGGUUUUACCCAAUUUGAGUUUGUGGGUUUUGCGCUGUAAUCUGUGUUUCUCAUGUGGGGGUUUUCCCUGAUUGACACAGCAAUUGAUUGCCUUCAUCUGAGAUGAUUACGUUUAUGGAUUCGAAAGAGAAAUCGAGGGAGAUGGAGAAAUGUUUAGAUCCUCAGCUAUGGCAUGCCUGUGCGGGAGGAAUGGUUCACAUGCCGCCGGUGAACGCCAGGGUUUUCUAUUUUCCUCAAGGCCAUGCCGAACAUGCUUGUGCCCCCCCAGUUGAUUUCAGGACUUGUCCGAAGCUUCCUUCAUAUACCCUUUGCAGAGUUUCUGCUAUCAAUUUCCUUGCGGAUCCUGACACCGACGAAGUCUUUGCCAAACUUAGGUUGAUACCCAUAAAUGGAAGUGAACUAGAUUUUGAUGAUGGAAUUGGGCGGCUUAAUGGGUCUGAACAGGAUAAGCCAACUUCGUUUGCAAAGACACUGACUCAGUCUGAUGCUAACAAUGGAGGGGGUUUCUCUGUUCCAAGGUAUUGUGCAGAAACCAUCUUCCCUCCGUUGGAUUACUCUGCUGAUCCGCCGGUUCAGACCAUUCUUGCUAAGGAUGUUCAUGGCGAGACAUGGAAAUUCAGGCACAUUUAUAGGGGGACGCCUCGGCGGCAUCUUUUGACCACUGGCUGGAGUAGUUUUGUUAACCAUAAGAAGCUUGUUGCCGGGGAUUCCAUUGUGUUCUUGAGAGCUGAAAAUGGUGAUCUCUGCGUCGGGAUUAGGCGGGCGAAGAGGGGAGCUGGAGAUGGUCCAGACUCGUCGUGUGGAUGGAAUGGUGCAGUCCCUUACGGAGCUUUCUCUGCUAAUGAAAGUCUUAUGGGAAAGGGGAAAGUGAAGGCUGAAUCAGUAAUUGAAGCUGCUACACUUGCUGCAAAUGGGCAGCCCUUCGAAAUAGUAUUCUACCCAAGAGCUAGCACUCCUGAAUUCUGUGUCAAGGCAGCACUGGUGAAAGCAGCGUUGCAGAUCCGGUGGUGCUCAGGUAUGAGGUUCAAGAUGGCCUUCGAAACCGAGGACUCGUCUCGUAUUAGCUGGUUCAUGGGGACCGUCAAUUCGGUUCAGGUCGCUGACCCACUACGCUGGCCAGAGUCACCAUGGAGGCUUCUUCUGGUUACUUGGGAUGAACCGGAUUUACUUCAGAAUGUGAAACGCAUUAGCCCGUGGUUGGUCGAAUCGGUAUCGAACAUGUCUCCCAUACACAUUGCCCCAUUCUCAUCUCCAAGGAAAAAGUUCAGACAUCCACAACACCCUGAUUUCCCCCUCGAUAACCUGCCUCCUAUGCCAUUGUUCUCUAGUUAUCUCCACGGUUCCGGCAGCCCUUUUGGUUGUCCUCCCGACAACAACUCUGCUGGCAUGCAGGGAGCCAGGCAUGCUCAUUUUGGUCUAUCCUUAUCAGAUUUUCAUCUCAGUAAAUUGCACUCAGGUUUGUUUCCGAUUGGUUAUCGAUCACCCGAUCCAGCUGCUGAGUCAGCUACACUUUCUUGUAAUGCAAUGACUGAAAAGCCAAGUAUGAGUGAAAAUGUAUCUUGCUUGCUAACCAUGGCACAUUCUACUCAAGCCUCGAAGAAAUGCGACGGCGUAAAGACUCCUCAACUAAUACUUUUUGGUCGACCCAUACUUACCGAAUUGCAUAUGUCUCAAACCUACUCCGGCGAUACUGUUUCCUCAGUUGGUACUGGAAAUAGCUCGCCAGAAGGAAAUGGAGAUAGAAUGGAGAAAGGCGCUGAUGGUUCUGGAUCUUCUCUGCAUCAACAACGUCCAUUGGAAGCCUCGUCUUGCGAAAAUUUCCAAUGUUACAAGGAUGAUCGGCAAGAAGUCGAGCCUAACGUUGAUCCAGGCCACUGUAAAGUCUUCAUGGAAUCAGAAGAUGUAGGUCGCACCCUUGAUCUUUCUUCACUUGGGUCUUAUGAAGAAUUGUACACAAAACUUGGAAACAUGUUUGAUAUAGAUAACUCAGAGACAUUGAACCAUGUCUUGUACCGUGAUGUUUCCGGUGCUGUCAAGCACGUCGGCGACGAACAAUUCAGCGACUUCAUCAAAACAGCAAGAAGAUUGACAAUUCUAUAGAUUCAGAAGUAACAAUUUAGGAGGAGGUUAGAGCAAGCUACUUUUCUCUGACUCGGGAUGAACUACUCUCUCGCAAAGAGCCUUCGCACGUAGUUCGUUUUUCUUUCGUUUUCUUCUUUGUCACCUGUUACGAAUUCGGCGAGUUGAUUUCAAUUGUACAAAUGGUGAAUAUCAGGGAGCUGCUGCUAAUAUUCAAGGUAUUUUGAACUGUGAAAGCUCAUUAUUUUGGCUUUGCUUAUAAUGAUUAGUUUGUUCCCCAAUCCAACUUGUGGAGGGAAUGUUUGAAUUUUGAAA